AUGGAUAAUGAAUACAAUCGAUAUUAUAUAAAAAUUCGAACUAUUUUGGGAAUAUAUCCAAAGACAAUUCACGAAGAACUUGCAACAGUUUUGGGACCCAAGGCUCCAUCAUAUCCAACAGUUGUAGAAUGGGCAAAGCGUUUACGUGAAGGAAGAGAAGAUGUCAAUGAUGAUCCUCGAUCUGGUCGCCCAGUUUCCGUGCUUACAGAUGAAAAUAUUGAAUUAGUACGACAGGUUAUCAACAAUGAUCCACAUUCAACUUAUGAUGAUAUUAUAGCUGAGACAUCUCUCUCUCGUAGUACAAUAGAACAAAUUAUCCACAAUU